AUGACGGAGCUUGGGCAACAUGAAGUGGCUGCCGAAUACGGCCCGACAGCGAAGAAGCCAAGGACAUCCAAACCGACGAUCAAGUCAUCUCCGGUGGACAAGAAGAGAGCUACAUGGACCAGUGAGAUGAUUGCAGAUCUCAUGGCGAUCAGGUUCAGCGAGACAGCGAAGCGCAAGUUCAACGCAUGCAAGACGACAAAGCAAAAGGCUGCAUGGUGGGCUUUUGAAUGCUCUGGAAUGAACUCGUCGCCAAUUAUGGACUCCAUUCAGGACAAUUUUGACGAGACCCUGGGCGACUCCGACGACGGCACCAUUAGUCCCCCAAGCACUGCUGCCAAAAUUCGUCCGGCCGCGCACUCUCCAAUGAUUCCUCGGGCAGUCGGAGCGAAGAAGUCGUUGGGUGAUUCGUUGGAGGUGGGGCUUUCCAGAAUGGCAGACGCUCUGGUUACGAUGGCCAAUUCGAAGACAUCACCCCCACUUGCACCGGUUGUGGAUUUGUCUCCACUUGUAGACAAAAUUGACAUUAUGUUACAGUUGCAAGCGGCAGCACAAAAGGAACAGGCAGCACUCAACAAAGUCCUAUUUGAGUCUCUUGCAAAGUUGAUAAGCAAGUAA